AUGGGGGACUUUAGGCCGAUUGCUUGUUGUAAUGUAAUUUACAAAUGCAUUACAAAAAUUUUAUCUAAGCGCAUGCUUCCUGUGUUGGAUUUUAUAGUGGGCAGAAAUCAAUCAGCUUUCAUUCCUGGAAUAAGCAUCUCAGAAAACAUUUUGUUGGUUCAAGAAUUAGUCAAGAACUAUCAUCGGAAGGAAGGGGAUGCUAAAGGGUUAAGGCAGGGGAAUCUUUUAUCCCCUUACCUGUUUGUAAUUGCCAUGGAAGUUUUUUCUAAAGUUAUGGAAGAUCACACUACUAAUUUGUCAUCUAUUGCUGUCAUUAAGAAUGCACUGCUGGAGUUUGAACAGAUUUCAGGUUUGAAGGCAAACCCCUCUAAAAGUUCCCUGUUCUGUGCUGGAGUUUCUGAUGGAAUGAGGGCACACUUGCUUGAAGAUCUGCAGAUGAAUGAAGGUCUUCUCCCGUUGCUGUCUUCUGUGCUUUUCAGUCUCCAAGUAUACUGGUCGAGUUUCUUUAUCCUUCCUAAGAAGGUUCUCAAGGAUAUAAGCCAAGUUUUUAACCGUUUUCUUUGGAAUGGUGGGGUUGAGGAUAAUGCAAAGGCAAAAGUGGCUUGGAAGGAUGAUUGUUUUCCUAAGAAGGAGGGAGGUUUGGGAUUGAAAGACUUGGAGUCCUGGAAAACCUCGGCAAUUAUGAGACAUAUAUGGGUGAUGUUUGCUCGGUCUGGCUCUUUGUGGGUGGCUUGGGUGCAAGCCUAUUUGUUAAAGGGGAAGAGUUUCUGGAAUGUUUCUACCCCUCAAAAUGGUUCAUGGUGCUGGAGAAAGCUCCUCAAAUUUCGACAUUUAGCUAGAGGUUUGAUCCGAUUUGAGGUGGGUACUGGAGAAAAUAUCCAUUUAUGGAUGGAUAAUUGGCAUCCUUUUGGUGCCUUAGUGGAGAAGUUUGGCUUCAUAAUUGUGUAUGAUUUUUGUAGCAAUUUGGAGGCCAAAUUAAGUUCUGUCUUAAAGGAUGGUAUAUGGUGCUGGAGACUGGCUCGCUCUGAAGAUCUUGUUGAAAUUCAAACUAAACUUUCAGAAGUGCCCUUGGGUAUUGUUGAUUCUCCUGUUUGGACCAUCUCCCAUUCUAGUGUUUAUGUUAGUGCAGAUACAUAG